UACCUGUCGUUGUGAGCCUCGUUGUCGAAAUGUGCAGUCUUGUGGUAUUUCUCAAAAGUUCAACGAUAUCACAUGCCAAUGCGAAGAAAAAUGCAGUUAUGCAGUUUCAUGCCGAGCAAAUGAAAAAAUGAACUAUGAUACUUGUCGUUGUGAACCUCGUUGUCGAAAUGUACAGUCUUGUGGUAUUUCUCAAAAGUUCAACGAUAUCACAUGCCAAUGUGAAGAAAAAUGCAGUUAUGCAGUUUCAUGCAGAGCAAAUGAAAAAGUAAACUAUGAUACCUGUCGUUGUGAGCCUCGUUGUCGAAAUGUACAGUCUUGUGGUAUUGCUCAAAAGUUCAACGAUAUCACAUGCCAAUGCGAAGAUAAAUGCAGUUAUGCGGUUUCAUGCAGAGCAAAUGAAAGGGUAAAUUAUGAUACCUGUCGUUGUGAGCCUCGUUGCCAAAAUGUGAGAGUUUGUGACGUCAUUAAACAACGGUUCAAUGAUAUUACAUGUCAAUGUGAAAAUAAGUGUAAUUAUUUGCCAACCUGUCGAAAUGAUGAACGAAUAAACUACGAUACUUGUCGCUGUGAAUCCCGUUGCGCGGUGGUAAGCAACUGCAAUGCAAACCAAAGAUUUGAUUAUGUGCAAUGCCGAUGUAUCAAUCAGUGCAUUAGGCCACCAGUAUGUACAACUGGUGAGCAGCUUGAUCUCAUCAACUGUAGAUGUGUUAAUGUCUUCUGUCCAGAUGCUCCAAUUUGUCAGAAUGGAGAACGUUUAGACAGUACAAGAUGCAUCUGUACAAGAACCGCUACAGAUUCACCAGUAGUACGACCAACAGGAUUAGAUUGCAAACCAACUGUGAAUAUCAACUUUCGAAGUCUUAACCAGACCAAUUCGCGAUUCCUACACGUAAAAGGUGUUACAACUAGAUACAACACAGAAGCUGAAGAUAACUACACCGGAGUGUUCGAUGGUUAUUGUCAAAUACUUCUUACGAAAUUCAAUUUCGGAAAUACCAUUCCUCCAAUAGCCAUUUCACUUCGAUACCGCCUAGAAAAGAGCCAAUUGGGUAUGAAACCAUACGCUCUUGUAACCAACAGUAAUAACAUGCAGACACCAUCCAUUUUAAUCGCAGCCACAUCAAGCUAUAUAGAAUUCGGAAUUCGAACACUACAACAAGGCUACAGAUCAAUCAAGGUUUUAGCUUCAGGUUCUGAUUGGGAAUAUGUUGGUUUAAUAUAUGAUGGUAAUCAACUUAUUGCCCAGGUUGGAGAUUAUGUUCAGAAGACACCUGUAUCAGGAACAAUUGAAGCAAAGUCAAAUAGUUUGGUAAUUGGUGCUGGUUAUGGAUAUGAAAAUUUCCGAGGAGAAAUAGAUUAUGUGAGAUUUUUCCAAUGCAACCCAGAUCCAUAGGAUGAAAUUCAGCUUUGAUUUUCAAGACAAAUAUAGACAAGUUUGAACGGAAUCUAACGACGAAAUUUUAUUACAGUUUUCUAUAAUAGGAAAAUAAUGUCUCAGAUUAACAACUUUCUCAUCCAAUGAAGUUGGUGCUAAAUGGUUCAAUAUCGGUGAUAAAAGUAUGUUUCUUUUUCUUUCAAUAAAACAUUUAAAUUCCGAAAUAAUUUUUACGCUUUCGCGACCCCCUCCCCCAACUAAAUCCUUUUUUGUAUAUUUUAUAAUAAAGUGUCUCCAAUAUCACUUCAAA